GUUGCCCUGACUAUAACAGCCAUGCAUUGUCCAGCAACCCCGCACUACACCUUACCCAAACCAUCUGUUCUCAUCUGUAUACCAGGAUGGCCAGUCCACAACAAUAUGAUGUUGUGUCUGGAGAGCAAUAUCGAUAUGCGUUGACAAAUUUUCGUAUUGCUCACGAAAAAGUAGAAGAACAACGAGUUCAACUGCAAGAGCAAGAGAAGCAAAUUGCAUUGCUUCGUGAGCGGAUUGCAUUACUCGAGGGAACGAGCCAUGAGUCGAGACAAGGUGGGAACUCCGUUGACGAUUUCUCCAUCAAGAAUGCCGCGUCCAAGUUGGACAAACAGAUCAACCGAUGGGCCGCAGACGUUGUUCGGGCCUUACCUGCUUCGCUCAAUGAAAUCCGACAAGCCGCUCUCUCAGAUAUCUUUGACGGCUACCCACCAGAACCUUCGCCGUAUCCGUACGAGGCUACUGGCAUGCAGGUCCAAAAUUUGUUACGACAUGCGAUGUCUCAGACGAUUUCGGAGGGCAUCACCAAUUGCCUAAUUGUCACGGAUUCCCCGGAGGCGAACAUCCAACUUACUCGUAUUCACGAACACAUAUUCACUCGAGACCCGACCGUAGCAGCUGUCUGGCGUAGACAGACAUUCACAGCAGCAGUCGAAUCCUGCUCAGCGGAUAUGUCCCGAUUCUUCAUAUCUGAACACAUGCCCGCCGUCAGCGCUCUUCUCAACCGAGGCAAUGAGAAAGAUGAUGUUUUCUCAGCGUUCACUGUACUGGAGCAUGGCUACGAAUUCUCUCGUAUGCUUCAUGGAGCACCUUCAAGCUCAGGUGGAACUGUGGACGCGUUCUAUCGUGCGUUCGUACCAGAGCUCGCAAGUACGUUAUAUCCGAGGCAAAUCGAGCUAGUGAAGAGAUGCGUAAAGAGCGAAAGAGGUGAACCUGAUCGCGUCGGGACGACAGUGUUCCCUGGGCUUGUCAAGGUCACUCGUGGGCCCAUGGGCGUUAACGGUCAACAUGGAGAACAUGUUCAGACCGUCGUCCGCAGAGCACAGGUAGUCUGCGAAUGUGCGCUGGGCAUCGCUGCCGGCAUUCAAAACUGAGCGUGGGCUUUCUUGGAUUCUGCAACCUUACCUGUGCCUUUGGAAAAUGGAGUGUGUACUCGCUUGUGUAUAUGUUGUACCAUCUAGGAAAGUCCUGUGACUCAUUUUUUGGAUAAGGAAUGGUUAGGGAAUAUAUGUACUCUAAUCUUUAGCGAUCAGUAGAGAAGCAAGUGUCGCUUGUGUUUGCAUGACCUGCGUAAUAUACCCAUAUAUCAGAUACCGACAG